UCCUUUAAGCUUUACUUGUUUUGGUUGUCAAUGGCAUCUCAACUCAAGUCAUUGUUUUGGAUGCUUCUUAUUUUCUUGCUACUAUCAAACUUGCAACAACAUUGUAAUGCAGUUGGAAAUCCACAAGUACCUUGUCUCUACGUGUUCGGGGACUCCUUGUCGGAUGAUGGGAACAACAACAAUCGUUUGAAAUUGGCAAAAGCCAAUUAUUUACCCUAUGGGGUUGAUUUCCCCAAGGGGCCUACGGGAAGGUUUUCCAACGGUCGGAACAUGCUCGAUGUCCUUGCUCAAAAUCUGGGAUUCAGUGAAUACAUCCCACCCUUUGCUACCGCUAGAGCCGAGGAAAUACUGAGAGGUGUCAAUUAUGCAUCUGGUUCAGCUAGAAUUCGCAAUGAAACUGGAAGAAUCUACAUAAUUAUUGGAAUUUACCGUCAUCAAGCUAGCAAUAUAUAGAGCAUACACAUUCAACUCGGCAAAUAUUUAGCGAAAAAUUAUUUUAUUUUCUAUUUUAAAAUGCUUGGGUAACGGCCAGAGCCACGGCUGGGUCUGGCGUGACCCAGCCAUGGAUGGGCGGCAGUGAGAGAGAGAGAGAGGUAGAUGCCAUGGGUCAAACCCACAAUGGCUCUCAGGCCGUGGGUCUGGCCUUCUCCGUUGCCAUGGGUCACAGCCUCUCCAACCUCCGGUGGGUUGAUUUCCGGCGGCUCAUUUGGGUUUUGAUGAUUGUUAUCAAGUGUUUUAGUCUUAUUUUCUUAAGAUGAAAUAGAUGAGGUGUCAUUAUCUCAUUGGAUGCUGUAAACUAUGGGUUUUACACCCUAGCCGGAUAGUAGGGGCUCUCUUUCAAUAUCAAAUUUCAUGCAUAUAUUUAUCCU